AUGACCAAGUUAGAGGGAAUGUUACGUGCAAUAAAAAUGCGAAAUUUAGCUAGUAAAAACGGGAUUUACAAUGUCAGGUGUCAUCAGCUGCACAAUCCCACAUUUCCUGGUUUCUGGGUGCGCGUAGGUUUUGCGGUGGGUGCACCGAGGUUUACUCUUAAAUAUCUCCCUAUUUACCUUAAUAAAUAA